AUGGAGGCUUUUGGAGGCAGUGCUCGUAAUUUCUAUGGUCCGAUGGUGUCGGAUUUGAAGGCAGUUGGGAAGAAGAGUUUGGAAUGGGAUUUGAAUGAUUGUAAAUGGGACGGUGAUCUUUUUACUGCUAGUCCCUUGAAUUCUAUACCAUCUGAUUUUAGAAGUAGGCAGUUGUUCCCGGUCCAACCAGAAACUCCCUCCAAUGCUGGUUUGUCCAACAGUUCUUCUUCUGGUUCGGAUGAUAUCAGUCCAGGAAAUGAGAAAGGUAAAAGAGAAUUGGAGAAACGAAGAAGGGCUACUUUUGUAGAAAAUGAAGAGUUAAAUAAUGAAGCUGGGUCUCUCAAUCUUAAGCUUGGCGAGCAAGCUUACCCUAUCAUGGAAGGAGAGGUACAAACUGGGAAGAAGACAAAGAUAGUUGGGACUACUUUAAACCGAGCAGUUUGUCAGGUGGAAGACUGUAAGGCUGAUCUUAGCCAUGCCAAGGAUUACCACCGACGACAUAAGGUCUGUGAUAUGCAUUCUAAGGCAACUAAAGCACGGGUGGGAAAUGUUUUGCAGCGGUUCUGUCAACAGUGUAGCAGGUUUCAUGUUCUUCAAGAGUUUGAUGAAGGAAAGAGAAGUUGUCGUAGGCGUUUGGCUGGCCAUAAUAGGAGGAGAAGAAAAACACAUCCUGAUCCGGUAGUUAAUGGAGGCUCCUUGAAUGAUGAAAGAGGAAGCAGUUAUCUAUUGAUUAGUUUGCUGAGAAUACUCUCCAACAUGCACUCUAAUAGUUCUGAUCAAACGAAGGAUCAGGAUCUGCUAUCUCAUCUUUUGAGGAGUCUAGCCAAUCUUGCUGGUACAGUUGAUGGAAGGAGCAUAUCUGCAUUGCUGCCAGGAUCCCAAGGUUUACUUAAUAGUGGGCCAUCAGUCCAGACUGCACAAAAGGUCCCAGAUACGGUUUCCAAUGGCUGUGAACCCAGUAGGCCUUCUGUUUCAGCCUCUAAAAGGGAUGACUGUGUUAAUCUUGAGGACCCUUUAAGGCCCAUUCGACAGUGUCCUACGGUACCUGCGUCAGAUCUGCUACAAAAGAGAAUAUCUUCAGUUGAUGCUGAUCAUAGAAGUCUACAAGUUGUUUCAGGUCUACAGGCUGCCAAGCCACUUCCCUCAAGAGACAGUGUUCCAUCCAAGUCAGUUGCACCAGAUGCUACAAUGGGGAGGAUGCAGUUAAAUGGCAUUGAUUUAAAUAAUACGUACGAUGAUUCCCAGGACUAUUUAGAGAACCUGGGGAGUUCUCAUUCCCCUGUAAAUCCGGGGACAGUGUCUCUUGGUUUUCCCUUAUGGAUGCAGCAGGAGUCGCAAAAGUCUAGCCCACCUCAGACAAGUGGAACUUCAGACUCAACUUCUACUCAGUCACCAUCAACUUCUAGUGGAGAGGGUCAGAGUCGCACGGAUCGAAUUGUUUUUAAACUCUUUGGAAAAGACCCAAAUGAUCUUCCAUUUGUUCUGCGAUCACAGAUCCUCGACUGGUUGUCCCACAGUCCUUCAGACAUUGAAAGCUACAUAAGGCCAGGCUGUAUCAUUUUGACAAUUUACCUCCGUCUAGAAAAAUCCACGUGGGAGGAGCUCUGCUGUCAUCUGGGAUCCAAUUUGAAACGACUUUUACAUGCUGCCAAUGAUCCUUUUUGGAGAACAGGAUGGGUGUAUACGAGGGUACAACAAAAUGUAGCUUUUACGUACAAUGGUCAGGUUGUCCUAGACACACCCUUACCUCUGAAAAGCCACAAAAAUUGCAGGAUAUCAUACAUCAAACCAAUUGCAGUCUCUUUAUCUGAGAGAGCUCAAUUUGUAGUAAAAGGCUUUAAUCUUUCUCGUUCCACCACAAGGUUGCUCUGUGCUCUAGAAGGGAAGUAUCUAGCCCAAGAAACUUGUUAUGACUUGAUGGAUAGUGCUGAUACAACCAUGAGCAUGAUGAGCAACAGUGCCUCAGAUUCUCCUGCUCUAUACCAAAUGUUACUGGCCGAGGAUUCAUUGAGAGCAGUGGAAUCUUGGCUCACUAUAGGCAAUCAUCUUUGUUAUUUAGCUAAUAUAAACCUAUUCCCUUUCUUCUGCAAUGUUGAAGAUCAUGGUCUCAGCAGCAGCUUCUUUCCAUAUAUAGUUGCAGAGCAGGAAGUAUGUUCAGAGAUUUGUAUGUUGGAGGGUGCGAUUGAGGUGGCUGAAACUGCUGAUGACAUCCAGAGAGAACCAGAAAAAUUGGAAGCCAAGAACCUAGCUAUGGACUUUCUACAUGAAUUGGGUUGGCUUCUUCAUAGAAGUCACACUAAGUUUAGACUUGGUCACAUGGAUCCCAACUUAGAUCUUUUUCCUUUUAGACGGUUCAGGUUGCUUAUGGAGUUCUCCAUGGACCAUGAUUGGUGUGCUGUAGUGAAGAAACUCUUGGGCAUUCUGUUUGAGGGUACUGUUGACGCUGGAGAACAUCCUUCCAUUGAGCUUGCAUUAUUGGAUAUGAGCCUCCUCCACAGAGCUGUGCGAAGAAAGUGCAGGUCUAUGGUGGAACUCUUGUUAAGGUUUGUCCCAGAUAAAGGUUUAGAUAAAACAGGGUCUGAGCAGAAGCAACAAGUUGACAGGGAUGGAAACAAUUUCUUAUUUAAACCCGAUGCAGUUGGGCCCAUGGGGUUGACUCCUCUUCAUGUUGCAGCCAGUACUGAUGGCUGUGAGAUCAUAUUGGACGCCUUAACUGAUGAUCCUGGAAAGGUGGGAAUUGAAGCAUGGAAAUAUGCUAGAGACGGUACAGGAUUGACACCAAAUGAUUAUGCAUGCCUGCGAGGCCGCUACUCCUAUCUCCAUAUUGUCCAGAGGAAAAUCAGCAAGAAAUUAGAAAGCGGGCAGGUGGUGCUUGAUAUCCCUGGCACUAUCUUAGACAGCAACAGCAAGCAGAAGCAAUCAGAUGGACAUAAAUCCGCAAAAGUAGCCAGCUUGGAGACUGAAAAGAUUGAAAUAAAAACAAUGCAGGGACAUUGUAAGUUAUGUGAAAUGAAACUAGCUUAUGGCAACACAAGGUCACUGGUGUACAGGCCGGCAAUGCUAUCAAUGGUAGCCAUCGCUGCUGUCUGUGUUUGUGUAGCCUUGCUCUUUAAAAGCUCGCCUGAAGUUGUUUACGUGUUCCAGCCCUUCAGGUGGGAACUCUUGAAGUAUGGCCCAAGCUAA